CUCACAGAUAGCUGUUAACUACUCUGGAUACAUGUCUUUGUUCCUCCUGCAUCCCUGUGGUUCAACACCACACCCUCCACUUUCUCCUCAACGCAGGCCUGAUGUGUGUGCCUCCGCCCUUUACCCUCCUCCUGUGCCUUCUGACCAACAGCACCGGUAAAACUUUAUUUCAACACAUAAACCUAAUUCUGUUAUUUCUUAUCUAGUCCUGCAGAUCUUUCAGUGGCCUAACUGAAUUAUUCAGUAAAGGUUAUAGUAAGUCUGUCUCUUAAUUCAGGCAGUGUAGCCACGGGGAGGGAGACAUGAUGGGGGCCCGAUCGGCCCCUCCUUUGCCUAUCUGUCCGAGUGCCUCACGCCCUCCCCGUGUGGCAGGAUGUCACAGGCCCUCAGACCCCCUGCUGCUAGGAAGACAGACCCAGCAUCCAAUCAACCCCUGCACUGCAGCAAGCACGAACUUGACCUCCCUCUACUCCCCUCCGCCUGCCAGCAGAGUGCAAUGGAACUGGUCACGUGGUUCGCAAGGAACAGUUCCAGGAGAUAACUCCCAGAACCCUGACCAGGCUCCAACUGACAAGGUGUGUUUGUGUCCAGAGCCACAUGUGUCCCACAAACCUCACUUAAACUUACAAAUCGAAAACAAACUAUCACCACUAAUAAUAAUAAUUUAUUUAACUUUUAUAUCGCUAAUAACCUUUACAUAAAUAAUCUCAAGCGUGUAAAGCACAACAACUUUUCUUUUUUUAAACAACAUUAUUAAUCAUCAAUAGUAGAUGGCGGUCAAAGACUGAAGGUUUACUAAGUAAACCUUGAUUGAUACUUUGUAUCUGUUGUAAAAAAUCAUCUUUAUUGGCUAUAACAUGGGGAGAACACAUAUUUGAUACACUUCCGAUUUUGCAGGUUUUCCUACUUAUAAAGCAUGUAGAGGUCUGUAAUUUUUUCAUAGGGUACACUUCACUGUGAGAGACGGAAUCUAAAACAACAAUCCAGAAAAUCCAUUGUAUGAUUUUUAAGUAAUUAAUUUGCAUUUUAUUGCAUGACAUAAGUAUUUGAUCACCUACCAACCAGUAAGAAUUCCGGCUCUCACAGACCUGUUAGUUUUUCUUUAAGAAGCACUUCUGUUCUCCACUCAUUACCUGUAUUAACUGCACCUGUUUUGACUCGUUACCUGUAUAAUAGACACCUGUCCACACACUCAAUCAAACAGACUCCAACCUCUCCACAUGGCCAGACCAGAGAGCUGUGUAAGGACAUCAGGAUACAUUGUAGACCUCCAAGGCUGGAUGGGCUACAGGACAAUUGUCAAGCAGCUGGUGAGAAGGCAACACUGUUGGCGCAAUUAUUAGAAAAUGGAAGAAGUUCAAGAUGACGGUCAAAUCAUCCUCGGUCUGGGGGCUCCAUCAAGAUCUCACCCGUGGGGCAUCAAUGAUCAUGAGAAGGUGAGGGAUCAGCCCAAACUACACGGCAGGACCUGGUCAAUGACCUGAAGAGAGCUGGGACCACAGUCUCAAAGAAAACCAUUAGUAACCACACCUACGCCGUCAUGGAUUAAAUCCUGCAGCGCCGCAAGGUCCACCCUGCUCAAGCCAGCUCAUGUCCAGGCCCGUCUGAAGUUUGCCAAUGACCAUCUGGAUGAUCCAGAGGAAUGGGAGAAGGUCAUGUGGUCUGAUGAGACAAAAAUAGAGCUUUUUGGUCUAAACUCCUCUCGCGCGUGUUUGGAGGAAGAAGAAGGAUGAGUACAACCCCAAGAACACCAUCCUAACCGUGAAGCAUGGAGGUGGAAACAUCAUUCUUUGGGGAUGCUUUUCUGCAAAGGGGACAGGACGACUGCAACCGUAUUGAGGGGAGGAUGGAUGGGGGCCAUGUAAUUGCGAGAUCUUGGCCAACAACCUCCUUCCCUCAGUAAGAGCAUUGAAAGAUGGGUCGUGGCUGGGUCUUCCAGCAUGACAACGACCCGAAACACACAGCCAGGGCAACUAAGGAGUGGCUCCGUAAGAAGCAUCUCAAGUCCUGGAGUGGCCUAGCCAGUCUCCAGACCUGAACCCAAUAGAAACUUUGGAGGGAGCUGAAAGUCCGUAUUGCCCAGCGACAGCCCGAAACCUUUCAAUCACAUUUGUAUGAUUUUUAAGUAAUUAAUUUGCAUUUUAUUGCAAGACAUAAGUAUUUGAUACAUCAGAAAAGCAGAACUUAAUAUUUGGUACAGAAACCUUUGUUUGCAAUUACAGAGAUCAUACGUUUCCUGUAGGUCUUGACCAGGUUUGCACACACUGCAGCAGGGAUUUUGGCUCACUCCCCAUACAGACCUUCUCCAGAUCCUUCAGGUUCGGGGCUGGGCAAUACCGACUUUCAGCUCCCUCCAAGAUUUUCUAUUGGGUUCAGGUCUGGAGACUGUCUAGGCCCACUCCAGGACCUUGAGAUGCUUCUUACGGAGCCACUCCUUAGUUGCCCUGGCUGUGUGUUUCGGGUCGUUGUCAUGCUGGAAGACCCAGCCACGACCCAUCUUCAAUGCACUUACUGAGGGAAGGAGGUUGUUGGCCAAGAUCUCGCGAUACAUGGCCCCAUCCAUCCUCCCCUCAAUACGGUGCAGUCGUCCUGUCCCCUUUGCAGAAAAGCAUCCCCAAAGAAUGAUGUUUUCCACCUCCAUGCUUCACGGUUGGGAUGGUGUUCUUGGGGUUGUACUCAUCCUUCUUCUUCCUCCAAACACGGCGAGUGGAGUUUUAGACAAAAAAGCUAUAUUUUUGUCUCAUCAGACCACAUGACCUUCUCCCAUUCCUCCUCUGGAUCAUCCAGAUGGUCAUUGGCAAACGUCAGACGGGCCUGGACAUGCGCUGGCUUGAGCAGGGGGACCUUGCGUGCGCUGCAGGAUUUUAAUAAUCCAUGACAGCGUAGUGUGUUACUAAUGGUUUUCUUUGAGACUGUGGUCCCAGCUCUCUUCAGGUCAUUGACCAGGUCCUGCCGUGUAGUUCUGGGCUGAUCCCUCACCUUCCUCAUGAUCAUUGAUGCCCCACGAGGUGAGAUCUUGCAUGGAGCCCCAGACCGAGGGUGAUUGACCGUCAUCUUGAACUUCUUCCAUUUUCUAUUAAUUGCGCCAACAGUUGUUGCCUUCCACCAAGCUGCUUGCCUAUUGUCCUGUAGCCCAUCCCAGCCUUGUGCGGGUCUACAAUUUUAUCCCUGAUGUCCUUACACAGCUCUUGGCCAUUGUGGAGAGGUUGGAGUCUGUUUGAUUGAGUGUGUGGACAGGUGUCUUUUAUACAGGAACGAGUUCAAAACAGGUGCAGUUAAUACAGGUAAUGAGUGGAGAACAGGAGGGCUUCUUAAAGAAAAACUAACAGGUCUGUAAGAGCCCGGGAAUUCUUACUCUUUGGUAGGUGAACAAAUACUUAUGUCAUGCAAUAAAAUGUAAAUUCAUUACUUAAAAAUCAUACAAUGUGAUUUUCUGGAUUUUUGGUUUUAGAUUCUGUCUCUCACAGUUGAAGUGUACCUAGAUAAAAGUUACAGACCUCUACAUGCUUUGUAAGUAGGAAAACCUGCAAAAUCGGCAGUGUAUCAAAUACUUGUUCUCCCCACUGGUAAAUAUAUAAACACACCCCUACUAUCAAAGGUCUGGACACACCUACUCAUUCAAGGAUUUUCGUUAUAAAAAAAAAAAUUACAUUUUAGAAUAAUAGUGAAGAUACAAGAACUAUGAAUAACAGAUAUGGACUCAUGAAGUAACAGAAAGUGGUAAACAAAUGAAAAUAAUUUUAAUAUUUCGAUUCUUCUAAUAGCCCCCUUUGCUUGAUGACAGCUUUGCCCCUCUUGGCAUUCUCUCACCAGAAUUCUUGAGGUAGUCCACCUGGAAUGCAUUUCAAUUAACAGGUGUGCCUUCUAAAAAGUUUAAUUUGUUGGAAAUUUCUUUCCUUCUAGUGAGUUUGAGCCACCAUCAGUUCUUUUGUGACAAUGGGUAGUGGGGGAUACAGAAUAUAGCCCUAUCUUGGUAAAAGACCAAGUCCAUAUUAUGGCAAGAACAGCUCAAAUAAGCAAAGAGAAACGACAGUCCAUCAUUACUUUAAGAAAUGAAGGUCAGUCAAUACGGAACAUUUCAAGAACUUUGAAAGUUUCUUCUUCAAGUGCAUUCCGCAAAAACCAUCAAGCGCUAUGAUGAAACUGACUUCAUACCUUCAUGAGGACUGCCACAGGAAUGGAAGACCAAGAGUUACCUCUUCUGCAGAGGAUAGGUUCGUUAGAGUUACCAGCCUCAGAAAUUGCAGCCCAAAUAAAUGCUUCACAGAGUUCAAGUAACAGACACAUCUCAACAUCAACUGUUCAGAGGGGGACUGAAUCAGGCCUUCAUGGUCGAAUUGCUGCAAAGAAACCACUACUAAAGGACACCAAUAAAAAGAAGAGACUCGCUUGGGCCAAGAAACACGAGCAAUGGACAUUAGUCUGUAGUCCAAAUUUGAGAUUUUUGGUUCAAACCGCUGUGUCUUUGUGAGACGCGGUGUGGGUGAAUGGAUGAUCUCUGCAUGUGUAGUUCCCACCGUAAAGCAUGGAGGAGGUGUUUAUGGUGUUGGGGGUGCUUUGCUGGUGACACUGUCUGUGGAUUUAUUUAGAAUACAAGGCACACUUAACCAUCAUGGCUAACCACAGCAUUCUGCAGCGAUACGCCCAUUCCAUCUGGUUUGGGCUUAGUGGGACUAUCAUUUGUUUUUCAACAGGACAAUGACCCAAUACACCUCCAGGCUGUGUAAGGGCUACUUUAAUCAAGAAGGAGAGUGAUGGCGUGCUGGGAUGAGUUGGACGGCAGAGUGAAGGAAAAGCAGCCAACAAGUGCUCCUCAUAUGUGGGAACUCCUUCAAGACUGUUGGAAAAGCAUUCCAGGUGAAGCUGGUUGAGAAAAUGCCAAGAGUGUGCAAAGCUGUCAUCAGGGCAAAGGGUGGCUAUUUGAAGAAUAUAAAAUUUAAAAAGGUAUUUUGAUUUGUUUAAUACUUUUUGGGUUACUACAUGAUUCCAUAUGUGUUAUUUCAUAGUUUUGAUGUGUUCACUAUUAUUCUACAAUGUAAUAAAAUAGUACAAAUAAAAAAAACCCUUGAAUGAGUAGGUGUGUCCAAAACAUUUUGACUGGUACUUUAUAUACACACACACACGCACAGUAGUCAAAGUAUUACACAAAAAACAUGAUUUUCUUCCAACACUCUCAGCUCUGCCCCUGGUGAUGGAGAGGGAAGCAGCCCCUUGUAUAUAACCAGGUCCUCUACCACCCUGUGUGCUACUGUUAAAGGUAACUCAGAAACAAGUACACACUUGAGGUCAACAAUAUCAGAAUUAAUGGCUUAAUGCUUUAACUCUAGUCCUAGAUCCCAAGUACAGUAAUUGGAAGUUUCAAAAUGUCUUACUGUGGAUCUGCCUUUUCCCUCCCCACCUCAUAGUGGAACGUGUUCCUGGUAGUUUUCUCCAGCGGUGGCGUCAUGCUGCUACAGCCAGGUUCUGUCUGUGUGUGAGGGCAGAGGGUUUAGUUCUGAGGGGGGUCCCAGAGGCUGCAGCUCCCCACCAAACGAACCCAGGCGCUGGGACUGUACCAGUCAGCAGGUAACGACCCCACCUGCACCACACUGUCUCCAGAUCAGACCACCACACUGAUUGACAGCAGAGCACCUGAGAGGAACUGGCGAGAUCAGUGUUGACUUAGCCCUGUCUUAAAGCUUGUCUUUCUGUUUGACAAGGUGUCAGUGUUCUGCAGUCCGCCCACUGUUACUGGUGGAUGAGGAGAAGGUUGAGCUGGUCCCCCCACUGCCUGGUCUUUACGUUUGAGGAGAGAGAGUGGCCUGCGUCACUGUGCCCAGCCUGCCUGCAGGUACAGUACUUAACCCUGUACUACCUAAUAUCGCUCUGUUUCUAUCACCUCAAAAGUACACUGAAUGUACAAAACAUUAGGAACACCUUUCUAAUAUUGAGUUGCACCCCCUUUUGCCCUCAGAACAGCUUCAAUUUGUCGGGGCAUGGACUACAAGGUGUUGAAAGCGUUCCACAGUAUGCUGGCCGAUGUUUACGCCAAUGCUUCCCACAGUUGUGUCAAGUUGGCUGGAUGUCGUUUGGGUGGUUGACCAUUCUUGAUACACACGGGAAACUGUUGAGCGUGAAAUACCCAGCAGCGUUGCAGUUCUUGACACACUCCAGCCUGGCACCUACUACCAUACCCCGUUCAAAGGCACUUGCAUAUUUUGUCUUGCCCAUUCACCCUCUGAAUGGCACACAUAUACAAUCCAGAGCGUCUGCUAAAUGAUGUAAAUGUAAUGUCUCAAGGCUUAAAAAUCCUUCUUUAACCUGUCUCCUCCCCUUCAUCUACACUGAUUGAAGUAGAUUUAACAGGUGACAUCAAUAAGGGAUCAUAGCUUUCACCUGGAUUCACCUGGUCAGUCUAUGUCAUGGGAAAGUGCAGGUGUUCCUAAUGUUUUGUAUACUCAGUGUAUAAAGAACAUGUCUUCCCAUUUGAAGCCGGGAGGCAUUGUAGAGGCAUUUGAGCUUGUGACAUCAAUGUUCAGUCUAUUGACACUGAUUCCUCUUUUUGUCAGCCCUUGUGAAAGAGUUGGAGGAGCAGAGGUUGUUGGGAUGUAUCCACAUUAGACUGUCAGAUGAAGGAAAGCUGGACCCGAGCAGCUGCUUUCACAUGUUGCCCUACAGUGAGAGCCUGCUCCAUAGCUUUGGUAAGGGAAGAGUUAACACAGUCUGUCAAUGAUGACCCCUCCUUUGCUUCCUGGUCUGAUUGAGUUUCUGUUUACGCUUGGUUCUCAGGUGGGCGUAUGUGGGCGGUACCAGACCCCUGCAAUGUGGUGCUGUCCAAAUACAGGUGUCCAUCCAACCCAGAGCUGGAGCAGGGGGUGGUUCUUACCCUAGCUGGCAGGGGACAUUGGUCAGGGCUUAACCCUGCUACACAGGCUCCUGACAGGGGACACAACAGGUACUUUACUUACAUUAACCAUUCCCACAACACAGUCCAUGUAAUGAAAUAUUUGAAAUAUAUUUAAAAUGCUUAAUAUUAUUAAUAAUACCAAUAUUGUACUUGCAAUUCAGCUGUAGCACUGAACUCCUCACCUACCUAACCUUGCCCUAUGUUUCUAUCCUUUCUACCCUGUUUCUCCAUCAGGCGAUGUUGGGGAGGAUGAAUUCGAGCUGCUGGCCCUGAAGUGGCUGCCCACAUUGUCCCGGGAGCAGGCGCGGGAGGUGAGGCCCCUAUGAGGUAGGUGACCGGCUGUGGCAGAGCAGCCUGGUGGGUCUGGCCUCCUCCCCUGCCCUGGUGUGUGCCCUGAGUAGGGUGGACGCCCUUCGCCACCCUACGGCGGCUCCUGCCACGGAACUACACCGGUAAUCUGAACAUACUGAUGUCUCCCACUCCUGAACUGGCCUUCAGACAAGCAUCCCUCUUCUUCUCCCACGGAGAGAUGAUCCCAGGUAAAACUACAGUCAGUGCAAGCUAUGUACUAUUUCUCUACUACCCUAUAUCUGGGGUAAUUAUGUCAAGGAUAGCUGGAUCUAUGUGGAUUUUCUCUCAUCUUCAGAUCGUGUGCGCCCAUUACUGAAGUUCCUACCCCACCUUGCAUCAAUGUAGCUGGGUAUGUAUCACUGGGUCACAUUCAAACAACUGCCUCUCACCCACCUCCAUUCUGACUUGUGUUUAAUGUUCCUUACAGGUUCCCAGUGUGAGUCAUUGUUGAACUGCAUGGUGCAGGGUGAGUUUGGAAACGGGUUUAUUUGUAUGAACUUUGAACUUUAAAUAACAUGAUGUAAUGUAGGAUGUUUUAUUAAACAUUGGUUACUUGCAAAGUCGAUUACUUCAACAAUGGUUAAAAAAUGUACAAAAGAAAAUAUGUAAGCACCCUAUUUGCCAGUCUUGUCUGUUUCCAUCAGGCCCCCAGCCGCUGGGUCACACUGUCUGUUUCAAGCCUGGAGUGUGGGAGCCAUGCUCUGGGGAAAAUCCUCAGCAAAGUCCAGCGGAGUUGGUUUCACUGUAGUGGGCCUGCGUGUGCUGGUUCUGGACCAAACACAGCUGUGUCUCUGGUGUCUGCUGCAGAGCAUCAGGCAACUCGCUUACUCCUACCUAUCUAAACCAGGCCAGUGGACAGAUUGUUACAUUGUUUUAAAUGCAUUGGUUCAGCUAAUUUUUCCUGUGGUGUUUUCCUCUAGGACCCCUCUGCUGUAGAAGCCCAUGUCCAGUACUUGAGCUCUGGGCCUUCCCUGGCUCUAUGCCUGCAGAGAGAGAACGCUGUGAAGAGGCUACUGGAUGUGCUGGGGCCUGAGGACCCUGCCCAGGCCCGCGCUCUGGACCAAUUCCUCUGGAGGGCCUGUUACAGCUCGGACCAGCUACACAGUGGCAUCUAUGGUCAGUGCCCCCUCGCCCCCCCGCACGAUACUGGGCCACCUUCCAGGCCCUGCCAGACAACAUAGAUCAAUCAGUUACAGAGUGGCUGAAACUGGCUUUGGAAUAAGGUUUUAAUGUUUCGGAUAUAAUGUUAGUAGCUCAUAAUGAAUGAUAUAAUACUAUGUUGUAGGAUCGAGGAGCUAUCAGAGAGCUGUUCAGGAUGUGAAGAGGCUGUUCCCUGAGGGCCUAUGCUGCACAGAGACCAUCACCAUGAGACAGGAGCAGGUACAUCACACAGUGCUACAUUAGACAUGAUUUACUAUUCCUAGGCGUAUAGUGUUUAAUAAGCAACACAUUUUGUCUGUUGUGUCGCUCACUGUUCUGUAUCACAGAUACCCAGUGUACACUCAGACCCUUUGGCUUGUCUGGCCCGUGAACAGAGUCAGAGUCUUGCUGCUGCGAACAAGCCAUCUUUAUCACGCCUUAUGGCAUCUGGACUGAAUGGAGGUGGUCUAGUUUUGAAUGUUUUAGCCUUGCUGAAUCUUUGUUGUUAAAUAGCUUAUUUACUACUUUUAUGUGGAUACAAAACAGGUCCCUUAAUCAUUGACUUUUUAUUGGGACGUUGCCUAUGAUUGGUCUGGGGCAACUGUUGUUGUGUUUAGUUGAUGUGGUAUCAACAGCAGUUGAACUUUGUAAACGUGGCUGUUUGUAUGUGGGUGGCAGCAGGGCCCUUGGUCCGCAGCGCGCUCUGCCAAACCACCUGCCUGCUGCUGCCCUCCAGUGUGCUGCGUCUGGGCCCAGCCCCCCUCCUCCUGGACCUGCUUGAGCAGCUGCUGGGGAGAGGCUGCCACCUGGUGGCCGGGAGGAUGAGUGUCCUGGACGAGACCCAGAGAUGUCACAUCGCUGAGACACUGAUGCGACCCUCUGAGAGGGAUGGGAAGGUGAGGAGUGUGGGUCUGCUAUGUAGAGGGAGUUUCAUAGUUACUCUAUAGCAGCAUGCAUUGGUCACUCUCUGUAACUAGUGGUGUAAAGUACUUAAGUAGUUUUUAGGGGUAUCUGUACUAUUUAUAUGUUUGACUACUUUUAUUUUUACUCCAUACAUUUUCCCUGACACCCAAAAGUACUCGUUACAUUUCGAAUGCUUAGCAGGACAGGAAAAUGGUCCAAUUCACACACUUAUCAAGAGAACAUCCCUGGUCAUCCCUACUACCUCUGAUCUGGCAGACUCACUAAACACAAAUGCUUAGUUUGUAAAUUAUGUCUGAGUGUUGGAGUGUGCCCCUGGCUAUCCGUAAAUUAAAAAAACAAUCGUGCCGUCUGGUUUUCUUAAUAUAAGGAAUGUGAAAUGAUUUAUACUUUUGAUACUUAAGUAUAUUUUGGCAAUUACAUUUACUUUUGAUACUUCAUAUAUUUAAAACCAAAUACUUUUACUCAAGUACCGUAUUUUCCGCACUAUAAGGCGCACCGGAGUAUAAGCCGCAGCAGCUAAAUUGAAUGAUAUCGAAUGAUGUGUACAUAUAUAAGCCGCACUGGACUAUAAGCCGCAGGUGUUUUAAUGUUUAAUUACCAUAUGUAAGGAUUCGUGCACAGAGGGGAUUGUCGGGAAAGAGACAAACUGUCUCGCUCUCGUAAUGUCUGUCUGUCUUGUUCUCGUUCGGUCUCUCGUACCACUCUCGGUUCCACUUUUACUUUUGCGCGCUACCUGUCUCACUCUUUUCCGGCCUCCAGCUUUUCCAGCUUUUCCUGCUGGAGCCCGCCGCUUAAAAUCCAUAGAUUAGCCGCACCGUUAUAUAAACCGCAGGGUGGAAAAAUGGGAAAAAAGGCAAGGCUUAUAGUCCGAAAAUUACGGUAGUAUUUUACUGGGUGACUUUCACUUGAGUCAUUUUCUAUUAAAGGUAUCUUUACUUUUACUCAAAUAUGACAAUUGGGUACUUUUUCCACCACUGACUGUAACACUGCCUGUGGCCUUGACGAUCUCCUCUCUAGAUUACUGCUCUACCCGAGGGCCCUUGUUUUAUCGUUGUUCUACAGAAAGAUAACGUUGUGACCUGCUUUGACUCCAUGCUUGAAAGGUAAGGAAACAGGCUACUCAAAAACAUGUACCGGAUAGUGUUUAACAUUUUCUUCUUUGCAUAGAUUAAUAUGCUAUGGUUUAUUUAUUUUGCACUAUAGUAUUUACAGAGAGAGGUCUAAACUUGCCAAAGUGGGGAAAAAUGCUGAUUUAUCCCAGCACUGAAAAAAAGUAAGCUUGUUCUGACUGCGGAAACAUUGUUUGUGUUGUAGUACCAAUUAAAUGGCAAAAUGGUCCAGGAUCAAGUGACCUCGAUAAAACAGAUUGUGAGUGAAUGUCUAUGAAGAAAGCACCAUUGAUAACAAGCACCUCUGAGAAUGUCUCUUCUGUUUUGGCUCUAGGCAGUGCAGCUGCUGUGCUAUCUAUUUGAUGUCCUGUCUCCUGAUAAUCAUCAUGUCAUUGUACCACAGCAAUCUGAGGGAACCCAAAUGCUAUAGAGCAUUACCAGGAGGGCCAACCUAUUUUGUGGAAUUCUGUACCACUCUUUGACGUUAAUCCAUUUGAUACAUUCCAAUACUAUAAAGAAAAUAUGUAUUUUAAUCUUUAAUUGGUUGUGGUAACGAACCUUUGUAAUCCCCCCCCAAAACAAGGGUAUUUUCAUGUGAAGAAAAUAAAUACUUUAAAAA